UCUAUAACUGCAAACAAAUCCUUUCUCAAGUUGUAACAUAUCGAAAUGCAUUUCUCAAUAAAUAUUGUGUUAGAUUUUAAAUAAUUUUUAAAAAUUAUCAAAAAAAAAAAUGUUUCUUUCAAAAUCAAAAAAAGAAAAAUAAUAAUUAAAAAAUUAAAUGUGAAGAAAGAAAUUUUUUUUUUUUCUAAUUUAACGCAAUUCGUUUCUCUCGUAUAUAUAAUUGAAUGCAUACACACGGACAAUAAUUGAUCGGCGAACGUGAAUGUAAUCUGAGUGUGCGCAUUUCAUAGAAAAGUAUAACGUGCAAUGGCGAACUACGGACAUAGUGAAACUAAUGCUCGUCAAUCCGAUGAAGCGAUUGAUGAUGAUAAUGAUGAAAAAGAUGAUACAAAAAGAAAAUCUCGUAAUCUAAGUGAAAAAAAGAGGAGGGAUCAAUUUAAUAUGUUAGUAAAUGAACUUGGUAGUAUGGUAAAUACACAUACAAGAAAAAUGGAUAAAUCCACUGUUCUAAAAUCAACAAUACUUUUUUUAAAAAAUCACAAUGAAAAAGCAACUAAAUCAAGAAUACAUGAGAUACAGGAAGAUUGGAAACCAUCAUUUUUAUCAAAUGAAGAAUUCACUCAUUUAAUUUUAGAGGCAUUAGAUGGAUUUAUAAUAGUAUUUUCAUCAAAUGGACGAAUUUAUUAUACAUCGGAGAGUGUAACUUCACUUCUUGGUUAUUUACCUAAUGAAUUAACAAGUUCAACUAUUUAUGAAAUCGCCUAUCAAGAUGAUCAAUCUUAUCUUUAUAAUUUGUUACUUAAUCCUGAAAAUUUGAGAGAUCAACGAAAUAAUAAAAAAGAUAAUCAAAUAUCAUUUACGUGCCAUAUAAAAAGAGGUGGUUUGGAUAAUGUAGGUGAUUCAAUAUAUGAACUUGUACAAUUCAUUGGAUAUUUUCGUUCAGAUAUGGAUCCCGAUAUUGAUACAAUAAUUCCAACAAAUCGCCUCGGUAGCAGUACAGGAAGUGAUGCAAAAACAGAAUCAUUAGUAUUUGUUGGCACUGGAAGACUUCAAACACCUCAAUCAAUUCGUGAAAUGUCAGUUGUUGACAGUACAAAAUCUGAAUUCACCUCGCGACACAGUUUGGAGUGGAAAUUUUUAUUUUUAGAUCACAGAGCACCUCCAAUUAUUGGCUAUUUACCAUUCGAAGUUCUAGGCACUUCUGGUUAUGACUAUUAUCAUAUUGAUGAUUUGGAUAAAGUUGUCACUUGUCAUGAAUCAUUGAUGCAAAAAGGAGAAGGUACCUCGUGCCAUUAUAGAUUUUUAACGAAAGGCCAACAAUGGAUUUGGUUGCAAACCAGAUUUUACAUAACUUACAAUCAAUGGAAUUCAAAGCCCGAAUUUAUCGUUUGCACACAUCGUGUUCUUAGUUAUGUUGAUGUUUUAAAAAAUACCCGAAAAAAUACCGAUGAUCAAGCAAAAGUUCAAAAUCAAAAUGAUAUUUUGUCAGCAAAACAUCAUUCUUCAUGUCAAAUUCGAUCAUCCUCGUGGUCUUCGAAGCAAAAUAAAAGUUCAAAAUCAUUUUCAAAACCAUUUAAACCACGAUAUCAAGAGCGAGGAUCAGAUACAACGUCAAUUUCCGGUGGUUCUCAAUACUCACAAGCGAAUACAAAACAUUCUUAUGCGGCGAGUCAAGGAUCAAAAUCGAAAAUUGUCCCAGCAACAAGUACAGCGUCAUCAAUAACGAUUCCAACGACAGUGAUCAUGGAUCAGCCAUUAGAGUCAAAAAUAGAAGAAUCUUGUAUCAAUUUUUUGGAACCUACUCAAUAUACAACAGUGCCAAUACAAUCAAUAGUUACCGGUAGCUGUGGUCCACCAUCUGUUCCACUCAAUUCACCAUUACCAACAUCUGAAAUUUUACAACAGGGAAUAGUGAUGACACCAGCGCAGAAUCACAUUCAAGAUGAAUUGCAACGAAAACACGAAGAGCUUCAACAAUUAAUUGUUUAUCAACAAGAGGAACUUAGAAAAGUUUCUGAAAAGUUACUUAUUGCUAAAUAUGGAAUUUUUUCGCCAAUUAUAAACGUAAACAUACCAUAUGAUCCAAAUGUGAAUCAACCUCUGUCGCGUGUUAUAAGCGGUGAACCAAUUGUUCAAAGAGAAUUAUUUAAUCAACAAGUAACUGGAAAUCCUGUAUCAAGAGAUUCAACGACAAGUGAUCCAAAUAAUAUGGGUCAAUUAUUGUCUCAAGCUCAAGGACAUCCGCAAUUACAUCAAAUGCAAGCUGCUCAUCAACAAAUACCUCAACAGUCGGCUUCUCAUUCACAAAUUGAAGAAAAUCAAGAUCUAAUGUCUUAUCAAUUUUGUCAAUCAAAUGAACUUAUUUACACUGACAUGAGUUCGAGUGUCAAUCAACAACAAAGUUCCACAUGACAUUAAUCAAAUUUUUUUUUUUUUUUUUAGUUAUUUCUCGCCUUUAAUUUUAAUUCGCAAUAUUUAAUUAAUUCGAAGAAAAUGAAUAUAAUGGCCUAUAAAUUUGAUUCUUUUUCUAAAAGUAUAAAUAUUUUACUUUUUUCCUUUCUGUAGUAAAUUAUUUUUUCAUUCCAAAAAAAAAAAUACUAUAAACUAAUUUAUAAAUUGCGAAUAUUUCCUAUAACUAUGUUAUCCAAUGAAAGAGAACAAAAAAAAAAAAAAUGUAGUAAUGUUUUGUGUGUAGGGACCAUUUUUUAAAAAAAAAGUGUGCUGUACAAUCCUCAAUUAUUUUUAUAAAUAUUUUCAAUAAUAUGAAAUUUUUAAAUAUUAAAAACUUUUUGAGAAAUUAAAAUCACAAAUUUCAUUGAUGUUAAAAAUGAAUAAUAUAUUCAAAUCAUCAUUUUCCAUUACAUAUUAUAUUUUAAUGUAUGUACAAAAAUCUUAAUUUUUCAAUAUAUAUAAGAUAGCUAUUUAUGAGAGAGAGAAUGCAUCAACAGAAAAUAUAUAGGCUGUGAAUGAAUGUAUGUUGACAAUUUAAAACAGUUACCUGUGUAAAUCUUGAAGAAAUGUAUACAGACCAGAGGUUUAUCAUAUAAAAAAAAAAGAGUAAAAAAUUUUGAAAACAUAUUUUACUAUCGUUUACAGUAAAAAAAAAAAAUAUUUUUUAUAAAUCUAUUCUUUAAUAAUAAAAAAUAAUCUUUUAAACAAUAAAUUUGAAAAAAAAAAAUUGUAAACCUCACGUCUCGCUAAAUGUUGAAAUGAAAGUGUUUAGUCGUAAUAAUUCAAAAAAUGUAUUCAUUGUUUAGUUGUUUUUUCAGUUAUUAUAUUUAUACCAAUUGUUAGA